UGAGAACACACUUCAGAUAUGUAGGAUGACAACCACCAAGUAGCACUUGUCGUAGUCGUAUCGGACAGCUGACUGGCUUUCAGUUAAUUAUCCAAAAGUCCACGCUUGCAAAAUUGCAUCUUAUCACUUUUGCCGUAAAAAGACAGUGUUUAGAGUGGGGAUAAUUUGUAAUCUGAGGAUGCAAUAAGAAAGAUGGAAAAGUCUUCGAGCAGGAAUAUUUCCGCUGAACGGAUACGAUGAUGUUGUUUUGAACGUGGUUGGUAACGACAUCUGCUUCGUUUUCCAAAGGAAAAAAAUACUAUGGGACGGCAUAUUUUAUAACGAACGAGUUACCGUGGCUUGUAAUUUGUACUUAAAUUAAAGAGAGCUUUUUUCUGUGCACCUGCCUUUUAAUUACGCGACUGACUGGAGGAUAGACUUGCUGAUGCCAACAACGCCAGAUUGCCUAUAUGGCAGGAUCAUGAAGUUUUUGACGUUUUUCCUUUUACUUCCAGAAACCUUAAAAAGGACUAAAAAGAGUGGGAAACAGCUCGGCAAGCUGCCAGUAUGCUAUGAAAUCGUGACUUUGUCCUUGAGGAAGAAGAUGGCUGCAGAACUCUAUCCUGCCAGCAUAAAUACCAACCUCCCAAACAGUAACGAUACAGCAGUAACAGCAGCAAGCAAAAAAAACAUUGUCCAGGUCACUCAAACGGUGACCACACCGACCACAACUGCCACUCAGCAGAACAUCAACAACAAUAACGUUGAGACUGCCAGUUGGCAGUCCACUCAUCCGACGUUGCGAGAGAGGAAUGCUUUGAUGUUCAAUAACGAACUCAUGGCAGAUGUUCAUUUUGUUGUGGGUCCUCCUGGUGAAUCCCAAAAAGUUCCAGCACAUAAGUACGUGUUGGCAGUGGGGAGUUCUGUUUUCGGUGCCAUGUUUUACGGGGGUCUUGCAGAGGGAGAAUCAGAGAUUCAUAUUCCUGACGUGGAGCCUGCUGCUUUUUUAAUCCUUUUGAAGUACAUGUACAGUGAUGAGAUUGAACUUGAAGCGGACACAGUGCUGGCCACUCUGUACGCUGCCAAAAAGUAUAUAGUGCCUGCACUGGCUAAGGCCUGUGUCACCUUUUUGGAGACCAGCCUGGAGGCCAAAAAUGCCUGUGUUCUGUUAUCUCAGAGUCGGCUGUUUGAAGAGCCUGAGCUAACCCAGCGGUGCUGGGAGGUCAUUGAUGCUCAGGCAGAGCUGGCCCUUUGCUCCGAAGGUUUCUGUGAGAUUGAUCUUCAGACCUUGGAAAUCAUACUAAAGCGAGAGACUCUCAACACCCGGGAGGCAGUAGUCUUCCAGGCUGCUCUUGAUUGGGCAGUUGCUGAAUGCAAAAGGCAAGGUCUGGGACCAACUUCUUGUAAUAAAAGAUCAGUGCUGGGAAAGACUCUCUACUUGGUUCGCAUCCCUACCAUGACCCUGGAGGAGUUUGCAAAUGGAGCUGCACAGUCAGACGUUUUAACACUGGAAGAAACUCAUGAUGUCUUCCUGUGGUACACUGCAGCUAAUAAGCCCAAGCUGGAGUUCCCACUGCAAAAAAGAAAGGGUCUGACACCACAGCGCUGCCACCGUUUCCAGUCCUCUGCUUACCGCAGUAACCAGUGGCGCUACCGUGGACGUUGCGAUAGCAUCCAGUUUGCUGUGGACAAGCGGAUUUUCAUUGCUGGGCUUGGCUUGUAUGGGUCCAGUGGUGGAAAGGCAGAGUACAGCGUCAAGAUUGAACUCAAGCGCCAAGGAGUCACUCUGGCCCAGAACUUAACUAAAUUUGUUUCAGAUGGAUCCAGCAACACCUUCUCUGUAUGGUUCGAACACCCGGUUCAGGUGGAGCAGGAUGCCUUCUACACAGUCAUUGCUGUGUUAGAUGGGAAUGAACUCAGUUACUUUGGGCAGGAGGGUAUGACAGAAGUGCAAUGUGGAAAGGUGACCUUUCAAUUUCAGUGUUCCUCAGACAGUACCAAUGGAACUGGAGUGCAGGGGGGUCAAAUUCCAGAGCUGGUUUUCUAUGCCUGAAGGCAUUAGGACAUCCACAUUGCAGUGCAUUCCGCUCACUGGAUUUAGAUGGUAUGAACACAGGAGAAUACAGGGUCUUAUAAAGCUCUUAGCUUGUUCAUAAUGUAGCAGUUGAGACUAAUGGUAAAGGCUCUUCAGUACCACAACAGACUCUGUUAUGGCAGAUUUUGAUUGAAGGAAUGUUCUUCAGUUUUAUUUAUUGAAAAAAAAUCUAUAUAUUUGAUUUUAAUUAUUGAUGCUGCGUCAAGCAGAUCUAUCUAUCUAUAAAACGAAGAUAGUUGUACUGCCCUUAAAGUGGACUGAAGCCACUAGUGUGUCAUGUUUGUACAUAACUUGAGGUAAAUUUGUUUGCAGCUUUAUGCUGUCUGACAAAUAAAAUUUAUUGUAUUAGUGAUCUGCUUCCUGAAUUUCAGAUUAUAAAAUUAUAAAAAGACUCCUUGUUUUUGAUAGACACUCGGCCAUGAAAUGCAUCAGAGGAAGAUCUUAUAGUGCCAUUCUGUGUAGCCUUGUUGUUUGAAUGUGAUAGUCCUGACAUCCAUCAUCAAUUGCCAGGAAGGUUGAACACAAUCUAUACUUUAAAUUCCCUCAAAGGAUAAGUAUAUCUGAUUGAGGUAAAAUUAUGAAACUAUUACAGAUCUUAGCAUAAGAGUCUUUCCAGGCUAUGAUGUGCAUUAUAGUCAAACAGAAAUUCAAAAUAAUUAACCCAUAUUCACACAUUGCAACGGCAGUGGGCUUGUGCAAAUGAAACCGUGAUUAAGUGUGGAUAAAAUAUUCAUCUUGAAAGGCCACAUAAAGGACCUAUUAUCCCCAGCAGGCAGCAUGAUGAACUGAAUAGGGAGUCUGUUUGAUUUGAGCUCAUAGAAUCUGCUGCUCCACCGUUUGCAUUCUAAUUGAGGGUUUCGUAAACAUGAAGCAGAUGCAGCUUGGUAAAAUAGCAGAUUUUUGACCAAAAAAACAAAAACAGAUGAAUAUGGAAUUAUGACACGUGCAGAACUGCUAAUCAGACAGCAUUGGGAUUAUGCCUUUCUGUUGUGUCUCUCUUGGAUAGAAACUCUCCUUUCUGUAAUAUCUGAUGAAUCAGUUUAAAAAUUACAGACUUGAUUUGUCACCUUUGUGUUUUUAGAAGGCAGAAAAAGGUUUGCAAUAACUAUGAUGGACCAUCAUAGAUUUUUUUUACAUGAUGCAGUGCCCCCUAGUUAUUUCCAUCUGAACCGCAACUUACAAAAUGUAAUUUCCAGAUGGGUAAAUGCAUUUUCAGUCUGUGCCUAAAAUUGUUAGAAUUAUACAAAAGUAUGAGGUGGAGAAAUAUUACUCAAAACUCAAUAUGCAGAGCCCUGCCUGGAUGAGCAUAAAACUUAUAAAGACUUGCAAGUUGUUACAUUGAUACAAUGACAGUUCAUAUUUUCCAGUUUAAUUGAUGAAAUUAAGAAUCCAUAGGCCAAAUCAUAUGGACAUAUUAAGUAUACUUGUACUCAGCCAAUGGUGGGGUAUUAUUGAUAACAAUUUAACAAGGUUUUCUGAGAAAUACUGGUUGCUUUAUUAAUGAGGUUCAUCCAAAAGGGUCACAGAGGUCAUUACAGAAGGACUUGCCAACAGCUGGAACGUUGAUACAGAGCUCUCUAGCCAACAGGAGUUGGUCUUUCCCAGAAUGUACACAUGAACCUACAGUAAAGUAGAAGAAAUUGAGAACAGAUAUUUCAGUCCUUGUAAUGGAUUCAGCUUUAACAAUCACUGAUUCUUAAAAUAUGGGACCAAACUUGUCCCACGAUUUUAUCUGCCUUCAACUUUGAAAAUAGCAACACUCCUAUGAAAUAAAUCAGAAAUUUUGACCAGAAUGUUCUUAUAAAUAUACCAUUUCAUUUUAUGUUCUAUUUAUUUGAUAAAAAUUAUGACAUUAUGACA